CUCCACUUUAUACCACAUCUUUAAUCGUUCACGGAAAUACCAACUGUUGCGCUAGAAAAUUGUUCGCUAGUGAAUAAAAGGUAACAUAACAUAUCGUAGUCCAGGUUAAAACACUAAAAUAUUACGUCUUAUUGAAUGACUGUUGUUCAGGAAUUUUUCUUCUAGCAUGGAUAACUAUUUGUUUCAAAUAAACUGAAUGGAUACAGGUUGUGGAUUUUUCAAUAAAAUUAUAAGGCGCCAUUUCUUCUCAAAUUUGAAAGACUUUAAAUAUCUGCGACUCUGAAUAAUAUUAAACAUAAAGAAGAGUUAUUAGUGUUUUGCUCUUUAAACGUUACAGAGGUGAAAUAUAUUUGAAGCAGAAAAAAACGAACUAUGUAGUUUAUGUGUAUUUUUAAACAUCAUGAGUGUAGUGUAGCUUUAACCAUAUUGAAAAACAAAGUGAAAAUAUCAUCGAUUUGAAUGCAACAUCUUGAGUCGUCGUUAAUAUAACUUGUAGCAAGACGAUGGAUAAAUCGACGUAUACUUUAAGUGUGCUUUUUGCAUUGUUCAUGUUUGUAUGGAGUGAACCCCCCGCAGAGCAACGGCUUCAGCGUUAUCUUCUUCAGGAAAAUGCAUACAACAAACUAAUUCGUCCUUGGGGAAGAACAUUGAAUGGUACUGUUAACUUCAACGACAGCAAACUGACAGUAAAGUUAGGCAUGAGAUUGUCACAGAUCCUGGCAGUUUCUGAGAAAAAUCAGAUCCUGACGACAAAUCUUUGGUUGAGACAUGAAUGGGCAGAUCAAAGAUUGAGUUGGAAUCCAAAGCAAUUUGGAGAAAUUGAAAUGACGCACAUACCGUCUGACGACCUCUGGAGGCCAGAUAUAUUACUUUAUAACAAUGCUGAUGGUGAAUUUGUUGUAACCUUGUUGACUAAGGCAACAGUGUAUUAUACAGGUCUCAUUAAAUGGGACCCGCCAGCUAUUUACAAAACCUAUUGCCCAAUCAACGUUGAGUUCUUUCCUUUUGAUCAACAAGAAUGCUUUAUGAAAUUUAGCGUUUGGUCAUAUGAUGGUCAUCAGGUUGACCUUCAGCACGUAUGGGAAGAACAAGGUAUAAUGGAGGGUAACCAAAUGGUAAUACCUAAAGGCGUUGACCUCUGUGACUACUAUCAGAAUGUUGAAUGGGACAUAAUAAAUGUAACGGCUAGAAGAAAAGAGAAAUUUUACCCAUGUUGUCCUGAGCCAUAUCCAGACAUUACCUUUAAUAUUACAAUUCGUAGAAGAUCGCUGUUUUAUACAAUUAAUUUAAUCAUGCCAUGUAUUGCUAUAUCAUGCUUGACUGUUCUAGUGUUUUAUUUACCAAGUGCUUCCGGAGAGAAGAUUACUCUAUCUAUUUCAAUAUUACUGGCUUUGACUGUGUUCUUCCUGCUACUUUCUGACAUUAACCCUCCAACGUCAAUUGUUAUACCAUUAAUAGGCAAAUAUCUACUUUUUACAAUGAUUGUGGUAACAAUGUCUAUAUUCCUGACUGUUUAUACACUGAGUGUGCAUUUCCGAUCACCUGCUACUCACAAAAUGCCUAGAUGGGUAAAACGCAUAUUUACAGAGAUUUUACCAAAGUUCAUUCUGAUGAAAAGACCAAAUUUAGAAAAGAAGCCAAAGGAUGCACAAGAACAAGGCAUAGAACAUUUACAGUCUGAAAUGGGGACACUUGAUCGUGGUUUCAUGUAUAAAACGUCAGGGGAUCAUGAUUAUGAAAAUAUUAGAAAAAGGACGACUUCAGAAAAGAAAGAAGACUUAUCCAAAUAUCCAAUUGAAAUACGAGAAUCUCUGAAAGGUGUUAAAUUUAUUGCAGAGCAUCUUAAGAAGGACGACUCUCAAAAAUCUGAAGAACGAGAUUGGAACUACGUUGCUAUGGUGAUUGACAGAUUAUUUUUGUGCCUCUUCACUACAGCAUGUGUUUGUGGAACUCUAAGUAUAUUCCUUAAUAAUCCUGCUCUCUUUAAUCCUGCAGAGGCCAUGUCUAAAGACAAUUUUGUUUGUUCAACUUGACGUUCUCCCAAAAGUAACUAUAUACUUGUACAAGGCAUAUUUAUGGCAAUUUAUGUAAAAUAUUUGUGUCUGUGAAUGUCUUUUGCUCAAAUUAUAAGAAAAUCUGACACUAUAUUAUUAAAAGGUUAAAUUCUUUGCUGUUGAAGCGUCAACAACUUUCUAUUCUUUAUCAUAAUUUAUGUUCUGAAAUUCAGCAAAUUGAGAUAGCUACUUCUAACUGUUCUGUUAAAUCGUCUGAACAUUGUUACGAUUGAAAAAAAAAAUCCUACUACUUAUUACGAUGGAUUUUUAUUUUUUCAGUGUAUUAUUUUUAAUAAAAUAUGUAAAUAUCAAUUGUAUCAAGUUAAACAAUAUUUGUUACAGUUAUACGUUAAGAAUCAGGGAAAUUACACUGAAAAUAAUGCAACUAGUUCAUUUGUAUCAAUGUGUUGUUAACCCUUUUUUUUAAAGUUGUCUAGGAGUAUUUGAAUAUUGAAAGAAGUGUUAAAAUGGUAUUGCAUUUAAUGGAUUAAUUCCUGGUGAGUAUCACAAUGAGCGGAAAUAUUUGUUGUGAACAGAUUGCAUUUAGAAUAUAUGUGUGAUUUGUGUAUUUACAUGAUAUUAAAUUGUUUCUAUAUUAAAAUGUAAAACAAAAAAGUCUUGAGAUUUCUGACUAAGUAAAUGAUUUUAUGUGGAAAACAUACUAACGGACCAAGUAACAAUGGUCACAUGACAUAUACUUUAGGCAAAAGGUCUAUAAUUGGAAAGUUAAGUAUUUGUUUUAUAAAUGCAAAGAGGGAAACCUGAUUCGCCAUGUUAAUAAAAACAUUUCUCUCCGCUAGUUUAAAUUUUCGUUUUUUUUGUUUUUGUUUUUUUUUGUUAGCGGCCUUCUACCUUAAAAGUUUUGAUAUUAAAUAUGUUGGCUUAUCAUGGUUUAAGAAGUCGAUACCAUUGGUUCAAACGUUUUUAAAUCCCUAUUAAGAAACAAGUAUUUUAA